UGUAGUGCAACUGUAGACACGAUAAACGUAAUAUUGGAGAAAAUGAUCUAAACGGAAUUUGUAAUAAAUAUGUAAUUUGUACCGUAUUAUACCAAAGCAAUGAGAAUUUUUUUGUUGACAAACUCAUUAAAGCUUAUUAAACAAUCUCAUUGUAAGUUUGCAUAUAUUUUAAAAGUUUCCUCGUUAAUUGUGAAUGUCGCGUUUGGAACAGAUUUCUGAAAGCUAAACUAAACCAGACGUUGUAUGUGUCUAGCUAUAUUAAGAUUAUUACAUAUAAGAUUACAUAUAAAUUAAUAACCAACUUUACUUGAAAGAGUCGAAAUGCAUCUCAAAAUUUUUGCAAUCCAUAUUUAAGGGGGUAAUGUUUCAGACUUGUUACGGCAUUGUUUAAAUCAGUGAGGUAGAUACCCCGUCACGGUGACUGAUUCUCCCCUUGAUUAGAGAAGCGGAGCUGUUGUCGGCCAGAUGCUUGUUUUUGCAGCGCCGGCUGCAAAAUUAACCACAGCUUAACCGGAAUGAGCCAGAUGUCACAAACCACUGUUUAAAUUCGAAAGUACAUUUUCUUCGCUUAUUGCACCCGUGAUCCACCUGCAGCUUUGUAUAGAGACCUAUAGUGAUUUCUCUUUAACGACCAACUUUACUGAAUGACAGUUGCUUCAACAAUACAAACGCAUAAUUUAUCUCCGCUGCCGUCUCCAGCAUACGCGGUGGGAAUGACGUAGUUAAUAAUAAUAGUAACGUUAUCUUUUUUUGAUACCGUUUCUGCUUUACGUGACUGUGUAAGGUUUCUAAAGAGUCCUCACUGGGUCAUGUGCGGCCGAACUGCAUGCACACUUGCGCCAGAUGAAAUCAGCCGGGCUUCCAGAUACCGCAGUCGUGCAGGACAAUACAGACGACCUCGCUGGCGAGAUGGCGAUUCAGAAAAGUACCGACCGUCGUACAACAAAAGCCCUCAAUCCUUGAGCCCAGUCUUGUUGUCCCAGAAGCAUUUUGACAAGGCUGCCCCAGCGGACGAGUGUGUCAUUGCUGCCAUGCGCUGGGGCCUGGUACCAUCCUGGUUCCGGGAGAGCGACCCAAGCAAAAUGCAGUACAGCACCAGCAACUGCCGCAGCGAGAGUCUUCUGGAGAAGAAAUCUUACAAGGAGCCGUUGUUGAAAGGUCAGCGCUGUGUCAUCCUGGCUGAUGGCUUCUAUGAGUGGCAGCAGUCUGAGAAGAAGCAGCCUUUCUUCAUCUAUUUCCCUCAAAGCAAAGAGGAGGGAUCAAAGGAGGCUAUUAAAGUCCAGUCAGGGGGGGGGAACUCUGAGGAAGCAAAGGCUCUGGAGGAAGAUGACAGAUCAUGGAAAGGAUGGAAGCUUCUAACCAUGGCAGGGCUGUUUGAUAGUUGGACACCCCCUAGUGGUGGUGAGAAGCUAUACACCUACACCAUCAUCACUGUGAAUGCCUCUCCAGGCUUGCAAAGCAUCCACCAUCGGAUGCCAGCAGUGUUGGAUGGAGAAGAAGAGGUGAGAAAAUGGCUGGAUUAUGGUGAAGUCCGUUCCCUGGAUGCCCUCAAGCUUCUGCAGCCCAAAGACAAACUGACCUUUCACCCUGUCUCCUCGUUUGUCAACAACGCGCGUAACAACUCUCCAGAGUGCCUGCAGCCUUUCGAGCCUGGGAGCAAGAAGACGCAGACAUCGGCCAGCAGCAAGGCCAUGAUGAGCUGGCUACAGAAAGCCACUCCGGAGAAGAAAGCUGAGCCAAAAGUUUGUCUCAAACGCAAGAGGAUGGAGGAGGAAGGCAAGCAAGUAGGGCCGCUACACAAGUGGCUUCAGAAGAACGCGUGAAAUAGACAACCUUCAUCUCGUGGGGUUCUUUCUGUACGGUGCAGUGUUUUCCAAACGGGAAAUGAAACAAGAUGUCAUUAACUCCAUUCACUAACGGGGGUGGGGCCCCAAUUGAGAAUUGGAUUAUUGACAAUACAUUUCAUAACGGUCAAGAGUUCAAGCAUUCAGAAUUUUUAAAACAAGAAAUAAACUUUUUUUUCCAGUU